AUGCGACUAAAAGGAAUGAAUUUAGGAGAAAUAGCACCAAGGCAAAUGAAAGAAGAGGAAUAUCCAUUAGGGAAACCGAAGGAAGAAGCAAAGCUAAAAGCAGAGACGAAAGAAGAAAAAAAUAUAACAAAAGAAUUUAGAGGUGUAGAAAAGUCACGAAGUGAACUGAAAGAAGAAGGAAAACUAUCAGGAGAAGUGAAAGAAGAAGGAAAGGCAUCAGGAGAAGUGAAAGAAGAAGGAAAUCAACAAGCAGUAACAAAAGAAGAAGGAAGCCCACCGAAAGCAGUUAAAAAAGAUGAAGAACUAGUAGGAAAAACUAGGGAAGAAAGAAAUGCUUCAGGUAACAUAGAAGAAAAAAAGACACCAGGGAAGGAAGGAGGAGAACAACAGCUACAAUAUAAAAAGGAAGGAAACCCACUGGAACAAGUAAAAAAAGAAGAACAACCGGUAGGAGAGACGAAGGAAGCAGGAACGACUUUAAGUAGAAGGGAAGAAGGAGAAAAGGCACCAGAGAGAUCGAAAGAAGAGAGGAAACCACUAGGAAAAACGAAAGAG